AUGACAGACUCAAAGGUUUGGCUGAUCACCGGGACAACCUCGGGCAUGGGGGCUGCCAUGAUGGAGCAAUUCGCCGCACGAGGCGACCGGGUGAUAGCAACUGGGCGCAGCGCAACCGUCAGACUUGCAGAUAAGAAGUCGAGCAACAUUUUCCCUUUGGAUCUGGAUGCUACUGCCCCGCUAGCUGUUGUCAGAGAACAGAUCGAAAAAGCCAUCCAGGUCUUCGGUUACAUCGACUUUGUUGUCAAUAAUGCCGGCAUCUCAGUUCCUCAGACGAUUGAAGAGGCAGACGACGCCUUCACCCAAAAGAUGCUUGAUACCAAUCUUAUUGGUGCAAUUAGGCUUGUGCAGGCCGUGCUUCCUCAUUUCAGAGAGAGGAAGGCCGUCAAAAGCGAAGGUAUGGCUUCGGGGAAGCCAUUCCCUAUUCGGGUACCCUUGGGCCUCGAUGCGUUGGCCGUGAUCAGACAGAAGUGCUACGAACAACUCAGGCUGUGCGAUGAGUGGGAGAAGGUCGCCCUCAGCACGACAAAAGAUGGUGCGGAUACCACCCCGAACAAAUAUCUCCUGGAAAAGAUGUCAAUUAUGAACUUGACCAAGUAA